UCUAAAUAUCGUAGGCUAUAUAUAGGCGACCAAAUAAAAAGGCUUACGCAUCAAAGGCAUCAUUGAUGGAAGCUAGUCUCCUUCUACAUUUCCUACUGUCUUUCUACUCUUCUAUACCCAAGAUUUCUACUACAACAGAUGUAAUCACUACUAAUCUAUUCAUCACAGAUGGUGAAACUGUUGUUUCAUCUGGUAGAACCUUUGAGCUGGGAUUUUUCAGCCCCAGUGGUUCCUCAAAACGAUAUAUUGGGAUAUGGUACAAGCAAACUCUUCCUUAUGUGAAAACAGUUGUAUGGGUUGCCAACAGAGAAAACCCAUCUGCUGUUUUGCCGGUCACCAAACCAGGGAAACUUGUUCUUUUUAGUGACAAGAAUGAAAUUAUAUGGUCCACUAACACCUCACGAUCAGUCCAAAGUCCAGUUGCACAACUUCUGGAUUCAGGUAAUCUUGUCGUGAAAGAUGCAAAUGAUGGAAAUCCAGAAAAUUCCCUUUGGCAGAGCUUCAAUUUUCCAACUGAUACAUUCUUGCCUAAUAUGAAGGUUGGAAAAAUUUUUAGAACUGGUCAUGAGGUAUACCUUUCAGCUUGGAAGAACGAUAACAAUCCAACUCCCAGGGAAUUUACUGUCCACAUUGAUCCUACUGGAUAUCCACAGGCCCUAAUCAGACGUGGCACAGGGGUAUCAUCACGAUCAGGACCAUGGAAUGGUUUACGGUGGAAUGGAGCCCCCGCACCACUACAAAUACAAAGCAGCAUAUAUACAUUUCAAUUUGUUUUCAAUAAGGAGGAGGUUUACUAUAGAUAUUCUCCGAUUAACAGCUCGGUGUUAUCAAGGCUAGUCCUGGCUAACAAUGGUUAUAUUCAGCGUUACACAUGGGAGGAUCGAACCAAGACUUGGCUUCUUUACCUCAACAUUCCUCAGAAUACUUGUGAUAAAUAUAACUUAUGUGGUGCCUAUGGGAGCUGUGUCAUAGAUGGUUCCCCUUUAUGUAGAUGUUUGGAAAAGUUUGUACCUAAAUAUCCCCAGAAGUGGGAAAAGGGAGAUUGGUCAGAAAGGUGUGUUCGGAGGAAACCAUAUCAUUGCAACAAGGAACAUGUAUUUCUUAGAUAUUCUGGAAUCAAGUUACCAGAUACUAACCACUCUCAGUACGAUAAAACCAUGACACUUGAAGGGUGUAGGCAAGUAUGCUCAAGGAACUGCUCUUGCACAGCUUAUUCGAGCCUAGAUAUAAGCAAUGGAGAGAGAGGUUGCUUGUUUUGGUUUGGGGAGUUAAUUGAUAUGAAAAAGCUCACUGGAACGGGACAAGACAUUUAUAUCAGGGUGGAUUCUUCAGAGCUAGUAUCGGAGGCAGGUUCAAACAGAAAGAAGGCAGAGAUACUCGCGGUGAGUUUCUCGUUGUUGAUGGCAAUGAUUCUGCUAGGACUGGUUUUGUUUUUGUACAUAUGGAAAAAGACGAGGAAACUAAAACUCCAAGACGAAUUUGAGCUGCCAAUGUUCCAAUUGUCAACAGUAACAAGAGCCACAAAUAACUUUUUGGUCAACAACAAAAUUGGAGAGGGUGGAUUUGGACCUGUUUAUAAGGGUGUACUGGAAGAGGGACAAGAAAUUGCCGUGAAGAGACUCUCGAGGACAUCAAUGCAAGGACUUGAUGAAUUCAAGAAUGAAGUUAUCUAUAUUGCCAAGCUUCAACAUCGAAAUCUUGUGAGACUUCUCGGUUGCUGCAUUCAAGGGGAAGAAAAGAUGUUGAUAUAUGAAUACAUGCCUAACAAAAGCCUGGAUUCAUACAUAUUUGAUAAAACAAAGAGCAAAUUACUUGAUUGGCCAAAACGUUUUGACAUCAUAAAUGGAAUUGCUCGUGGCUUAUUAUAUCUUCAUCAAGAUUCUCGACUACGGAUUAUCCAUAGAGACCUUAAAGCAAGCAAUGUUUUGCUAGAUACAGAUAUGAAUCCUAAGAUAUCAGAUUUUGGCUUGGCUAGAAGUGUUGCAGGGAAUGAGAUGGGAGCAAAAACAAGAAAUGUGGUUGGGACACAUGGCUACAUGUCCCCAGAAUAUGCAGUAGAUGGGAUUAUCUCGGUAAAAUCAGAUGUAUUUAGCUUUGGUGUCUUGUUGUUAGAGAUUGUGAGUAGCAAGAGAAAUAGAGGAUUUGUUCAUCAAGAUCACUGCCUUAACCUUCUCGGACACGCAUGGAAGCUUUAUAAAGACGAUAGGUCCUUGGAACUAAUUGACGAGCAUCUAGCGGCUGAUUCUUGUCAUAUAUCUCAAAUUUUAAGGUCAAUCGAAGUGGGGCUAUUAUGCGUGCAAAAAUGCCCAGAAGAUAGGCCAAACAUGUCUUAUGUGGUUCAGAUGUUGGGUAAUGAAAAUCUACUGCCAGAAGCUAAAGAACCAGGGUUUUUCACCGAAAGAAAGGUGCAUGAUGCAGAAAACUCAGGAUCGCAUGCAGGAAGUUCAAAAAAUGAAGUCACAAUCACAUUGUUAGAACCUCGGUAGAGUGUGAACAAGAUAAUUAUUUUGAAUUGUGUGCACAUGAACAGUAAUUUUAGAAGUAACAUAGAAUGUUAUCUACUUAUGGAUGAAGUCUUCUUCAAUUUCUAUUGUUCUCUAACUAGAAAUAUUAUACAUAUUUAUAUUACAAAACUUCUAAAGAUAAAAGAUAUUAAUUUUUUUUCCAGAAA